CCCAGUCUAUGCAGGCUUUUGCUCCUACUCCGAAAGGCCCAUCAGCUCCACCAAAGGAUCCGCCCGGGGGGUCAGCAGCCUCUCUGGAUCUCCGGCGGGCGGCGCAGUCUCCGGGAGCUGGGGAGCCGCGACUGAGUGCCGUGCUGGAAUUCUGGGUGUGGUUGCCUCCCCACGCCAGUGACCCUGCCUAGCUCUCCCAAAGGCAGACGCAGAAAAUGGACUUGUGAUUCGCUGGCUGCGGCAGCACAGCACUAGAGGUGUGGAGCGUCAGCAACCAACAGAUGCAUGGAAAGACGGCUUCUCUGAAGAGUUCUGUGUCCUGCACAGAGAAACUAGAUAGAGGUCAAGAGUCCCCGGACUCAAGUCUGCCCUGGUCAGAAGACUUGAAGAGUGAAGAGACAAAGAGCAGCCGCGAAGUGACUCCACAGAGUAAACAAAACCAGCAGUACCACAGGCUGUUUAAGGACAUCCCUUUGGAGGAGGCCGUUUUGAAAGUGUGCUCCUGCGCUCUCCAGAGGGAUCUGCUUCUUCAGGGUCGGCUCUAUAUCUCUAAGAACUGGCUCUGCUUCCAUGCCAGCCUUUUUGGCAAGGAUAUCAAGGUGGUCAUUCCUGUGUUAUCUGUACAAAUGGUCAAAAAACACAAGGUGGCACGGCUUCUUCCCAACGGCCUGGCCAUCACCACCAAUACCAGCCAGAAGUAUGUCUUUGUGUCACUGCUCUCCCGGGACAGUGUAUAUGACAUGCUAAGGAAUGUCUGCACCCACCUACAGCCUUCCAGCAAGAAGAGUCUGAGUGUAAGAGAAUUUCGAGUGGAACCUGAGUGCAAGUCUCUGGAAGCCUUGAUCCCAGAGAUGAAGUGGAGAAAAGUAUGCCCUGCCUCCAGGUCCUUGUCCCUCCCAAACAGCAUCCAUUGUCUCCCUCCUUCAGCCAUGGACUCGACAGACAGCUUCUUCCCCUCCAGGAAGCCUGCAGGGACUGAGAACGCUGUCUGUGUGGAGGAGAAGCUGGAGGAAGAGCUCAAGAAAGAUGGGGACCUGAGGCUCUGGGAUUACCAGCUCCUCAAGGUCUUCUUUGUGCUGAUCUGCUUCUUGGUCUUGUCCUCAUCCUACCUGGCAUUCCGCAUCUCCCAACUGGAACAGCAGCUAUGCUCCCUGAAUUGGGAUGGCUCCAUCCCUGGGCACAGGUAACAGCCGCCUACUCCUUCAAGAAGAAUGCUUGGGUGCUAAGGUUCCCUUGUUUCAGGCUCCUGCUCUGCUGGGACUGAGUGUGAAGGAAAAUAUUUCCGAUCCCCGCUCCUUCCUGCAACUUUCUUCCUCUAACGAGUGACCACAAGGACCUGUUUAUAAAAUUCCUAUAAUUUUUGGACUCAAGCCAAAAAGCCAGAUUUUUGGAACUGAGGAAUUGUACACUGAACUUCAGCAACCAUUCAAAUGAAAAGGCAAUUCUGUCUGCUCCUUGGAAACAGUUUUAGCACACAGGUGGAGCGUGGCCGCUCCUUCCUCUCCUCUCAAAACCUACUGUGCUCUCCUCUUCCCUGAGACGCUCUGCUGGGGGCCAUGGGCUUCUCUGCAGGGAGCAGGGCAUCUCACAGGCCCAGGGCAGGCUGGAGGGAGCUGUAGGGCAAAGGCAGAGAGGAGAGCUUGUGCCCGGAUAGCAGUGGGCUCUCCAUCCAGGCUGUUCUGGCCCCUCAUGGGAGACUGGCUCAGACUGAGAGGACGUUCCCCGCAGCAGGGGACUGCGCCGCAGCGGAGACUUCAAUGAAGCAGAACAGAGGUCCGGAAUUCUGUGUCCUCAGCUGCCACUUCCUGGUGAGACAGGUGGAGCAGGGCUUUUGAUCACUGUGGCCACAGACCUGGUACCGGGCCUCCCCCUGCUGUGCCCAAACGUUUCCAACGGCCCUAGUCCUGGAAGUGGGUGUGGGGAGGAAGAGAGCGGUAAUGGCUUUGAUUUGAGGUCUGGCUUUGUAUUCCCUGCCUGACUGCCCAGCUCUCAGUCACAGGAAUGGCAGGGAGGCAUGGCUGGCAGGUGGUGUGAUGGUGUUGAGCCAGCACAGGGCAGAGCUCACUCAGGUCACCAGUAGUCGGGGGGGGGGGGGGUCCAGUCCACGACUCUGUUUUUCAUGAAUAAGGUGGAGAUGUUCAAGAUGAGCCUGAUCUGAGCAAGGACUAGGUCAAGGGCGUCUUUGGGGACAAGAGAGGUGGGGGUGGGAAGGGUAGACAGGUAGCGGCUUUGCCUUCUCUGUUAAGGCAUUUUCUCUUCUAAGAAGCAUCUGUGCCCCUGAACUGUGCCCUGCUCUCCCCAGAACUCCCAUCUACUAAAAUAGGACCUCUGAUGGUUCUGGAAGGGCCUUAGCGGGGAAUGCAGAGAUACCAGAGAAUGUCACUGUUGGGGGCAGGAAGCCAGCUGGUAUCAGAAAUAGCCACUGUAUUUCCCUCUUCAGAGAAGUUAACUGGGGAGAAAUUCAGGUUGAAGUGAUUUAUUCCAGAACCAUGAUUAUCUGCUCUAUUUAUGACAAACCCAAUGAGGCUACCAAUUCCCUAAGCUCAGACUGGAGUUCUCCACAUCUUCUCCCAGGCUCCAGGGGUAAGUUUAGAAUCUGGCCUGGUGACUUUCCUGCACCAAGUCUGUCUGUCUCAGGUGAAACUUACUGUUCCAUUCUCUACAGUGCCACUUUGGAUGAAUGCCCCUUCUUUUUUCUUUCUGGAACCAGCCCCCUUCAUCACACCUUUUCAUCAUAUUUUCAGGGAACUAAUUUUCCUUGCCCCAGCACCUCCCACCCCUGGUUUUUGCUGGAGGCUGGGGAGACCAGGUCCACUUGGAUGGAACCUUCCUUGGUCAGAGACCGUGAGAGGUGCCAAGUUGUGGGUGACUGUGCCAAAUGCUGGGGAGCCUGGUCUCCAGCCUUGCCCCAGCCUUAGAACCUUGGGGGUUUGCUGCAAGGGAGAGGCUCUGGAGGUCCUCCUGGAGUUCAGAGUGGUAUGAGUGUGCCUGAUUCUUUCAGAGCCCCCGCUCUCCAUUUCUCUUUUGUUCCCCCAGCCUAGGCCUUUGGGGGCAAUGUAUCCUCUGUUGUGCUCAUUUAUAAACUAUGUAUGUUUUUACAGACUUGCUUGCACUGGCCAAUGCUCCUCUAAUUCCCUGAGGGUUUGGUUCAACUAGAUUUGGGUUGUUCCACUAUGGCAUUAGCCUUUGAAGAUGUUUUCAAAUAAAAAUC